UAUAUCUAUCAGGAUGAGUCCAGCCUCCUUCCCUAGUCCUCUCGGUGGAUGCUCGCCGCCUCCUCUCCUCCAGCGUGAAACCUGCUUCGCCGGCUCUCGGUUGGGGGUGCUUGGGGCUUUUGCUACAGAGUCUUCUCGCUGGCUGAUUCGAUCCUCGUCCACCUGCUUCGUCUGAAGGGACCAGCCUUGAACCGCCGUGGUCUAUUGCCUUCCUUCCCUCUUCCUGCCAUCUGCUGGGGCUCUUUGAUUCGCGUUAUUCGCAUUAUUAUUAGUAGUAGUAAUCGGACUCCCCCCGCUUCCCCGCCGCCCAAUAUAUCCCCUUUCCCCGGCUUGCCGGAGGCUUCUGCGGGGCUGUCGCUGUCUCCUGCGCACUGCCGCGUCCACGCGGCUUCCCCCCGGGGUGGCUUGUGAUUCCCGGAAGGCUGCCUGCCUGGAAGGCACGGCCGAGGGUUGCGCGCAUUCCUCCCGCCGUCCCGCCGCGACCACGACCAGCCGCGCCAGCAGCGGCGCUACCGCCACCGCCGCCAGCGUCGAGCCUUAGUCCUCGCCCUUCGGAGGAAGCGCCGCCAAACCUGGGGAACUAUCAUGGGAUGUCCGCUCGCUUCCUGGAACCCUUUGCUUCCCAGACAUCUCGCUUCUUGAAAUUCGACCCGGAGUUAAGGGACAGCUAAGAGAAUGAAGACUCUAAGUCCCCAGUGGAAGCAUGAUAUGGCGAUGCAGUACUGGUGCUGAAUUGUUCUCUCUGAUGGCUCUAUGGGAGUGGAUAGCCCUGAGUCUUCAUUGCUGGGUUUUAGCGGUCGCUGCUGGUUCUGAUCAGCAUGCCACAAGCCCCUUCGACUGGCUCCUCUCUGAUAAGGGACCCUUCCAUCGCUCCCCGGAAUACACAGAUUUCGUGGACAGAAGCCGACAGGGAUUUAGCACAAGAUACAAGAUUUACAGGGAAUUUGGCCGUUGGAAAGUAAACAACUUAGCUGUUGAGAGAAAGAAUUUCCUUGGCUCUCCACUGCCUCUCGCCCCUGAGUUUUUCCGAAACAUAAGACUACUAGGACGUAGGCCAACUCUUCAGCAAAUCACAGAAAACCUUAUCAAGAAAUAUGGGACACAUUUCCUACUAUCAGCUACUCUGGGAGGAGAGGAGUCUCUCACAAUUUUUGUGGACAAGCGGAAGCUGAGUAAGAGAUCGGAAACGAGUGAUCCCAGCAUUAACAGUACCACAGUGACUCUGGAAACUCUACACCAACUAGCAGCCUCUUACUUUAUUGACAGGGACAGUACUCUGAGAAGACUUCAUCAUAUUCAGAUUGCCUCCACUGCCAUAAAGGUAACAGAAACCCGGACUGGUCCUCUUGGCUGCAGUAACUAUGACAACUUAGAUUCUGUCAGUUCUGUUCUGGUACAGAGUCCGGAAAAUAAGAUUCAAUUGCAAGGUUCUUUCCUCCUCCACCCCAACCCUUCCUUUUACCUCUGUCAAGGUCUUCAGCUUAUCCUGCCGGAAUAUUUGCAAGAGCGGUUUGUGCAGGCUGCGCUGAGCUACAUCGCUUGCAAUUCGGAAGGGGAGUUUAUCUGCAAGGGCAAUGACUGCUGGUGUCAGUGUGGCCCCAAAUUCCCAGAAUGCAACUGCCCAUAUAUGGAUAUUCAAGCAAUGGAAGAGAGUCUACUUCGCAUAAGCGAGACGUGGAAUGCUUACAAUAGCGAUUUCGAAGACUCAGAUGAAUUCAAGUUCUUUAUGAAAAGGCUGCCCAUGAACUAUUUCCUCAACACAUCUGCCAUAAUGCACUUGUGGACAAUGGAUUCAAAUUUUCAGCAUCGCUAUGAGCAACUGGAAACCAGCAUGAAACAACUGUUCCUUAAGGCACAGAAAAUUGUUCAUAAGCUCUUUAGCCUUAGUAAGAGGUGCCAUAAACAGCCACUGAUCAGCUUGCCGAGGCAAAGAUCUUCUACCUACUGGCUGAACCGUAUCCAGUCUUUUCUUUACUGCAAUGAAAAUGGCCUUUUGGGUAGCUUUUCAGAAGAGACUCACUCGUGUACGUGCCCUAACGACCAGGUUGCCUGCCUUGGUUCUUUACCGUGUAUUGUUGGAGAUGGUUCCGCCUGCUUAACUUGUGCACCUGAUAACCGUACCCGAUGCGGGACCUGUAACACUGGAUACAUGCUGAGCCAAGGGGUUUGCAAGCCUGAAGUGGCAGACUCAACAGAGAACUACAUUGGGUUUGAGACCGAUCUUCAGGAUUUGGAGAUGAAGUAUUUGUUACAGAAAACAGACCGACGGAUUGAGGUCCAUGCAAUUUUCAUCAGCAAUGACAUGCGUCUCAAUAGCUGGUUUGACCCUUCCUGGCGCAAAAGGAUGCUUCUUACCCUGAAGAGCAACAAGUACAAAUCUAGCCUGGUCCAUAUGAUAUUAGGUCUCUCUCUUCAAAUUUGCCUAACAAAGAACAGCACCUUGGAGCCUGUCCUGGCUGUUUAUGUCAAUCCUUUUGGAGGCAGCCACUCUGAGAGUUGGUUUAUGCCUGUCAAUGAAAACAGUUUCCCAGACUGGGAGCGGACUAAACUGGACUUGCCACUUCAAUGUUAUAAUUGGACGCUGACUCUCGGCAACAAGUGGAAGACAUUUUUUGAAACAGUCCACAUCUACUUGAGGAGUCGUAUUAAGUCAAAUGGUCCCAAUGGCAACGAGAGCAUCUACUAUGAACCCCUGGAGUUUAUUGAUCCCUCACGGAACCUGGGCUACAUGAAAAUUAACAACAUACAAGUGUUCGGCUACAGCAUGCACUUUGACCCGGAAGCAAUCCGGGACUUGAUUAUGCAGCUAGACUACCCCUAUACUCAGGGAUCCCAGGACUCAGCGCUUUUGCAGCUGCUAGAGAUACGGGAUCGUGUAAAUAAACUCUCUCCACCUGGUCAACGUCGUCUUGAUCUUUUCUCAUGCCUGCUGCGUCAUAGACUCAAGUUGUCUACCAGUGAGGUGGUGAGGAUUCAGUCUGCUCUGCAGGCCUACAAUGCCAAAUUGCCAAACACAGUGGAUUAUGACACAACCAAAUUAUGUAGUUAACCAUAAGUGUGAAGCACAACAGAAAAACAAACAAAACCAUGAAGGAGUUUUUACAGUGCUUUUGUGGAACAGUUUAUGUUUGGAAGAGUAAAUUUAAAUUGUCUUUUCAAUAUCUGUCUUAUAUCAGUCAAUAACGUUGGAUGGCAAUUUACACCCCUGAACUUGCUGACAAAUGAAUAUAUUAUACCUGCAGUUUUUUUUGGCUUUGUUUUAUGAAUGAAAAUAAAUACUGACACCCGUCUAGAAGACAUUCUACUUUUUACAAUAAAUUUCAUUUGUAAUUUUAUAUGUUCCGUGGCAAUGCUUUUGUGCAUUACAUCCUCUAGAGGGAACAUAAAAGGAUACCAAUAAAAUUUUGUAGCU